GUUGUUGCGGAACUUUGGAGUUGACUUAAAAGGGAAAUGUUGGGACAUUUCCACGCCGGUCGGACUGAGACAAGGACUAAGCACAUGCCGGACCAGCAGGUGUUCCCAAUGGCUGAGCAGUUGGACCAACAAGUCAUCACUUUGAUGCCUUUGGAUACAAAUGCCAAGGAAGGAAGAUAUUCCAUGAUAGCUGCAUGCUUUAAUUUUGUCAAUUCCAUCAUAGGAUCUGGUAUAAUAGGUUUACCAUAUGCAUUGAACCAAGCCGGGCUCCCGUGUGGCUUGUUGCUGCUGAUAAUGGUUGCUUUCGUCACGGACUACACCAUCAUCCUUCUCAUUCGAGGAGGCAACCUGUCAGGGACCGACAGCUACCAGUCCCUGGUCCGAAGCACGUUUGGUUUUCCAGGGUACUUCAUUUUAUCAGCGCUGCAAUUUCUCUACCCAUUCAUUGCUAUGAUCAGCUACAACAUCACAACUGGCGACACGCUGACCAAGGUCCUAGAAAGACUUCCUGGAGUCGGUCCAGAUCACAUCCUCGCCAACCGUCACUUUGUCAUCAUACUGACCACCCUCCUAUGCACGCUGCCUCUCUCGCUCUACCGCAAUAUCCAGAAACUCGGCAAGGUGUCCUUCAUGUCCGUGGUACUGACGGGUAUCAUCCUCGUCAUUGUAAUCAUCAGAGCCGCAACCUUGGGGCCACAAAUACCCCCGACACAGGAUGCAUGGGUGUUUGCAAGGCAGAAUGCCAUUCAAGCGGUCGGCGUCAUGUCUUUUGCGUUCAUAUGUCACCACAACAGCUUUCUCAUCUACGGUUCCCUGGCAGAGCCCACGCUGACCCACUGGACUCAGGUCACGCACAUCUCGGUGGGGACGUCGCUCGCCAUCAGCGCCGUGUUCGCACUGGGAGGCUACGUCACCUUCACGGGAUACACGCAAGGAGACAUAUUUGAGAACUUCUGCAGAGAUGACAACCUGGCAGCGGCUGGGCGCUUCUGCUUUGGCGUCAGCAUCAUCACAACGUUUCCACUGGAGUGUUUUGUUACUCGAGAGGUGGUGUCACAUGCUGUGGGCGGGCGGGAGCUGUCCGGACUGGAGCACACGUCUCUGACCCUCAUCAUAGUCGCAGCCUGCACGGCCAUCUCUCUGGCCUACGACUGUCUGGGAAUUGUUCUGGAACUGAACGGUGCGGUGAGCGCCACGCCGCUGAUCUUCAUCAUCCCCUCCGCCUGCUACCUCAAACUGUCCUCGGGUCGCUGGUACCACCGGGACCACUGGAUCCCCGCCUUGCUCAUUCUCAUGGGAGUCCUCGUCAUGGUCAGCAGUCUGACCAUGACCUUCCUCGGGCCCCGGGACUGUUCUCACGGGGCCGACUUCUUCUACUGUGGGGAGGCCAAUGUCUCUGCCACACUACCACCUCUAUGAGUAUGACACGCCCCCUUGAUACACCUGUAUAAUGUUUUAUACUUAUCACCUUGUUUGCUCCUUUAUGUUUACAUUUGAUGGAAGUGGAAGCUUGAAAGAAAUACACUAUAUUGCCAAAAGUAUUUGGCCACCCAUCAGGUGUCCAAGUCACUUAACCCGGUGUAUCAAAUCAAGCACAUAGGCAUGGAGACUGUUUCUACAAACAUUUGUAGUGAUUUCCAGCGUGGAACUGUCACAGGAUGCCACCUGUGCAACAAAUCCAGUCCUGAAAUUCCCUCGCUCCUAAAUAUUCCAAAGUCAACUUUAUUAUAAGUAUAUGGAAGAGUUUGGGAACAACAGCAACUCAGCCACCAAGUGGUAGGCCACGUAAACUGACAGAGAGGUCAGCAUAACGCAAAGACUUUCUGCACAGUCAGUUUCUACUUCAUGUGACAUUCCAAUUAGCCCACGUACAGUACGCAGAGAGCUCCAUGGAAUGGGUUUCAAUCAUUUUUACCUUGAAAAAACCUUGAAAUUUUUUUUUACCUUGAAACAUUUUUUUUACCAUAACAUUUUUUUUUACCUAGAAAAUCGUUUUUUUACCUUGAAAAAAAAAUGUACCUUGAAACAUUUUUUUACCUUGAAUUUUUUUUCCCCUUGAAAAUCAUUUUUACCUUGAAAAAACAUGUUACCUUGAAAAACAUUUUUUACCUUGAAAAUCAUUUUUUACCUUGAAAAUCAAUUUUUACCUUGAAAAUCAUUUUUUACCUUGAAAAUCAUUUUUAACCUUGAAAAAAAAUUUUAGCUUGAAAAUUUUUUUUCACCAUUUUUAAC